AUGGUUUAUACACAGGUGGAAGGUGCUCAGGUUCCUGUAGUGCUCAGAGCAGUAUCAUCAUCUGUAGGGGGGAGUGGACAGAUCUCUGCUACAAAAGAAGAGGAAGAGCUUAUUGCAGAGGAAGAGGAAGAACUUACUCCAGAGGAAAAGAGAAAACUGGAAAGAAAAUUAAAAAAAGAGCGCAAGAAGAGGGAGAAACAGCUGAUGAGGGAAGCUGGAAUCUCCAUUAAAAAGGUGGAGCCCAAAAAGCCAUCGGGAUGUGAGCGGGCUCUGGCCUAUUUAACCAGCUGGUCUAAAACCCCAGAAGAAUGGAAGUUUCAAAAGACAAGACAGACGUGGCUUCUCCUGCACAUGUAUGAUAAAGAGAAGGUUCCAGACAAGUAUUUCACCAUUCUACUGGAUUAUCUGCAAGGGCUUCAGGGCAGUGCACGAGACAAAACUGUGCAGAAAGCUGAAGCUUUUAUGAAAGAAUUUGAUGGUUCUGAUGGAGAAGACCCAAACCUGCUGGAGAAGUGUGAGCGCAUCAGACAAGUUCUGCAGCUGCUGUCCUGAGAGUAUUUCUGUGUCAUAAUUGUUGUCUGGUGGAGGGAAGGAGAGGAUUUCACAUACAGAGGCUGUAAAGGAUUUGUAAAGAUAAUACUAAAUUUUAGACUCAUGAUUUUUUCCAACUGAAAAUAUUUAUUGUGUUUGGAGGUGAUGAAAUAAAAAAUAACAUAUAUAGCCCAUAGUCUUGCUGUUAACUUACUUAUCUUACU